AUGAAGAUUGCAACGCUUCUUAUUUGCUUUGUGAACGUCACGUUCUGUUUUCAGCUCAAAACUGCUGGUCCACGCAAAUGUAAAAGCGAAGUAUUUGCUACCAAGGAGCGGCGACGUGAAUUCAUCGACUUGAAAGGCUCAAAAGCACCUUUGCUUUCGAGAACUGUCGAGGUGACAUCCGAUCUCGCUCUGACAGUUUGGGAAUGGGAAGAGCCUGCCGAAGUUGUGGAAUCUUAUUGGGAGGCUGAGCAAAACCAGCUAGGAGCAGUACGAGGAACAUCGAAGAUACUCGAUCCUUUUGGAAUUGUGUCCUGGCCAGGCUCCCUCGUGGCGGCGCGAGAGCUGUCAUUUAGCAAGGACACUGCUGUGAAAGAUCGAAAUGUUUUGAUUUUGGGAGCAGGUGUCGGACUGGAAGCCCAAGCUGCAGCCUUGUCUGGUGCUAGACAUGUACUUGCAACUGAUAUUCACCCAACAACAUUGCGACAAUUGCAGCUUGGAGUAGAACAGGAGGAUGCAAUUGACGACAAAUCCAUCGUCGAAACAAGAAUUCUGGAUUUGUUUGCGCAUGAAGACCAACCCCUUCCAGAUUGUGACUUGUUAGUGGUGGCAGAUGUAUUGUACAAUGAAAACUUGGCCAGUCAAGUUGUCCGUCGAAUAGUUGAGGCAUAUAAGCGAAACCCAAAAAUAUUGGUAUUGGUCACCGAUUCGCAAAGAUUUGUACUCACCUUUGAUACACAGCUGAACGAGCUGAUGGAAGAUAUUCGGGGACCACUCUGCAGUUGGACUGAAGAACAAAUGACAUUUACUGGGUCUGGUGUGAUCAUGAAUGAAGAUCAAACAUACGAUGUGACAGUGCGCAAAAUGUGGAUAGGUGCUUGA